AUGGAGAGAACAGGUAUAGGUGUUGUGGCCAGAAAUGCAGAAGGAGAGUUGAUGAAAGGAUGGGCAAGAGCUGAACUCAAACAUAGCGAGCCACAGGUGGAGGAAGCAGUAGCAAUCAGGAUGGGAUUGCAGAUGGCCUGGGAAGCUAACUGGAAGGCAGUAGAAUUCCAGUCGGACUGCAAAGAGGUGGUGGACAUGAUUAACAAGGAAGAUAAGCAGCAAACCAGGAUAGCCAUCAUCCUUGAGGACAUUGCUAAUAUGAGAUGUUUGUUUGAACAAUGUACUUUCUCCUUUGUUCAUAGAACUGGGAAUGGCUGUGCACAUAGCUUAGCAAAGUUUGCAGUAAAGCUAACAAAAAAUGUUGAAUGGGAAGUGUGUUUUCCCAUGUGGCUCCUUGAGAGAGCACAAAAUGAAUACAGAGGAAGCAGUUCUGAUGUAUCCAAGUCUUGUAGUAUCAAGUUAUGA